UGUCAAACCAAUGUGAAAAAUGUCCAAGCCAACGCCGCCAUUCGGCGUGCUCACCAAACAAAACAUUGCCAGCAGCAUCGACUGUAGCAAAACACGAAACUCGUCAGGUAUCGGCCCUCUUCUGCACUCUUGCACACCUGUCUGUCUGGCGCUGGCCCCUGUUGUGGGCAAAAACGCCCACACAGGCCAUCAACAUCGCACCCAUCGCCACGACAUAGCGGGGCAUUGACAAAAUACACAAGACAGCAACCAACAGAAUCGCGACAAAGACAGCAACAAACACCCCCCAUCCACCACCCGACAUCGGCGGUGUGGCGUCCCUGUCGGCGGCUGUGUGGGGCUGCAUUGACUCCUGGGUAGACAAAGAGGCGGUGAACGACACGUCCACAUCCCGCUUCACCAGCUUGCCGGCACUCGUCCCCUCCCCCCUCCUCUCGCGAUGAUGCCGCCUGCCUGGCCGUGGGGGACGGCGCCCACUGCUGCGAUCCGGUCGGCCCCCCCUCUCCCCUCCCCCCUGUAGGCCAGUCGACUCCUCGAGAGGGAACUGAUAGUGCUGGCUGAUGUACUCCCACGCCUCCUUCCAUGAGCCCACACAGCGUUCGGCACCGCCCUCAUGCAGAUUGGAGGUCGGCUCGGCCCCCCAGCCCACACCCACGGGGGUCACGCCGGCGUUGCGGGCCAUCUGCAUGUCCAGCCUAGCAUCGCCGAGAAAGAGGGCGUUCUGCUGGUCCACGCCGAGCUCCGACAGGAUCUCUGUGACCAUUUGUGGGUUUGGCUUGCCGAGACAUUCUGUCGGUGUUCGGGAGGCCGCGAAGAGGGGCCGGAAGCCGGUUGAGUCGAGCUGCACGUUGAGGCCGCGGCGGGACUUGCCCGUGGCCACCGCCAGACGGACACCACGACGCCGGAGGGCAUCAAGGAAGUUGCGGGACCCGUCGAACGGCUCAACCUGACGAAAAGAAUGAAGACAAUGUUGCAAUGGGGACCUCUGUAUGUGUAUGUGUGUGUGUAGAUCGAUGUACCUGUGUCUCGAUUUCCCUCCAGUGUGUGCGGUAUGCGGCCUUGAUCUCUUCGUGCGUCUCUUGGUCAUCGUCCGGACAGAGCACCAGGGGCACGUCAUCGAUCGACAGGCCAAUCGUCUCGCGAAUCUCCCUCUCCAGACGCCUCUCGUCCAUCGGCGGAUCAGGCUCAUGGCCACAGUCACCAGAACCAUCAGCCGCCUGCCGUCUCCUCUUGUUGUCGCGAGCGGUCUUCUUGCCCUCCUUGACGGCCCUUGCCCAGCACCGGAUGAUCGACGUCACCGAAUCGACCACAGUGCCGUCCCUGGUGCAAGAAGCAUUACAGUGGCCCAUGCAUACACCGCUGCGCACCUGCCCCGGUCACCCACUUACCAGUCGAAGCAGACGCAUCGCAGGACGGGCUUGUCGGAGACCGCCUCCCUCACAUCGUGGCCGACAGCCGCCUCGUCAUGACAAACAUCGUCUGGCGGGUCGUUCCCCUCCUCGCCGCUAGCCCUCUCGUCCCCAGCAUCCUGCUGCCCUUGGUCAUCACCCGGCGGAUCGGCAGAUGCCGUGGCGGCCACAUCGCCACUCUCCGUCGCGCCCCUGGUAGGAGCAGGGGCGUGCUGGUACACAGGGGGCUCCUCAGUGAGAUCAUCAAAGGAAUUCCUUUGCACAGAUUGGCCCUCGUCAGAUGGCGACACGGGAGAGGCCAUGGCGUCGGGGCAUGAAGGGGAGCGCCGUGGGGUGGGGGGAAGAGACGGGGGGAGGGAGAACGACAUGCUGGUACGGAGGCCGCCCAGUCUCGAUACAACGAUGUCCUCAUGCCCGAGACGCAACCGAUCGACCUCUUUAAGAGUCAGUUCCCGCACAGGCUUGUUGUCGGGGCCCUCGACCGCGAUGGAUUGCGCCUCUGUCGGCUCGGGGAGGGCGCUUGUCGAGACCGUCGCCUGCUCCGGCGCCGCGCUCGUGGCAGCAUCCACAGUUGAAACGGGUGUGGGUGUGGGCGCUUCCGGCACAGCUGCCGGUGGCUGCUGUGACUCUCCCUCAAUCACGUCGUCCGAUGCCAGUCUCCUUGUGUCGUCAUAGGGGGUGGCUGUGGGCACAUCAGCGACAUCAGGGGCCAGGGUGAUGGCCGCAUAAGGGAUGGCUGGGGGAGGUGUGGGUGUGGCGUGGUCAGAGGGCGACGCCUCGCUCAGGUCCAGCGACACGCAUUUGUCGACCACACUCGCCGGCCGGCUGGCACUGUCCGCCUUGCCGGAGGCUGCGGUCUUGUCCUGUGGAGACAUGACAGCGUCCUCUAGGAUCGCCAUGAUAUCUUCCGCUGCCUCGUCGAAGAACGCCUCGUCGUCCAUCUCACUGCCCACAACCACGUCGUGCCCUUGAGGCAGCAGCGGUGGUGGCGACACCAGCCGAGCGCCCUUGUCCCACUGGUCGUCUGCAACCACACGCGUGAACCUCUCGGUGCACGCCGUGCAGCCGCUGGGGACCAUGUAAGAUGGGAUGGAGGAGAGGCCCUCAAACAUGGACCCCUGGGGGGCCGACUGGUGGUUGAGCAGCUGGGACUGCAGCUGCUCAACCGUCUUGGGAGGGGAGCGGGAUGACGCCGACACGGGGACGGCAGACGCAGAGGAGAGGAAGGAUAUGGGAGACCCGAGGGCGUUGGUGGCGUCUGGGAGCAUGGUCUCGUCGAGGGGGUGCUGCUGCAGGGUGAGCCGAUUGAACCGCUUCCAUGCACGUUGGGAGGUCAGCAGAUGGGGGCCGGUGGGCACGGUGAGGGUGCCAUGGUGCUCUUGGUCCUCAUCGAUGCUGGCCUGAUGGGACUGCCACUGCCACUCCUUGUGCGCAUCGAUGGCGAAGGAAAGCUCCUGCCGCCUCCUGUGUGUCAUGACGUAGCCGGUCGCCUCCAUCUCGUUGUUCCUGGCGGACAUCGGGGUGACCGACCGGGUGUUGACAGAGGGGGUGAAAGAGAACACCGACUCGACAUGUUGAUCAUGUUGCUGCCGUGGUCUUGCCUUCUUCUGGCCGUCCCUGACAGGGCUGAGCACCGCAGGGGCAAAGCGGUCGAACGGCGAUCGACCUAUGUGUCUGGCAUCCCUCAGCGGCCCCGCGUCCCACUCCACCCGCGGCACCUUGCCCUUCUCCCUCACCACUUUGCCGGUCUCGGGCACGUCUGCCGGUGUGAGCAGCAGCCCUUCCUUAGUCCGCCGCAGCGUGAAGGCCAGGCUGUCGAUGGGCACCUGCAUCACCGCCCUCGGCUUCCGAUGAGGACGCCGCGGACGCUGGCGCGCGCGUCGAGCAGGUGACGGGGGAUUCUGGGCAUGCGAGGGUGCGUCGUGACGCAUUGAGGGUCCUGCCGUGUAGGCCGCCGUGUGGGUCUCCUGGUCCUCCCCUCCCCAGGGCGACAGCGACACCGGCGUCUCAUCGCCUGGGACCAGAGGCACCUCGACGGGCUCGGCAGACACCACAUGCGGCCCUUUCUUCCGUGAGUGGCGCCGUUUGUCCACCAGCACAGUGCCGCUCUUGCGUCUCGUCGUGUCGGGGGGCUCCGCAUGCGUCCUGGGCGUCGGCUCGAGGCGUCUCUCGGCCUGGGGUAGAGCCGCAACCUUCUCAUCUUCUUCUCCAACUGACUGGUCGCUGGUUGCUCUUGACGGCAGAGACGGCGACAGCGAUGCCACGGUGUCGGCACGGGUGGCUCGCUGCCGCUCGGGCGGCCUCCUUGCCAUCGAUGGAGCUCGUGAAGAGCCGGUCCGCCUGCGAAUGUGAAGAACCGGUGACGAGACUGACCGCCUGGCCGUCGCAAACCUGACGGUCGAGGGGGUCUUGCCGGUGGAUGUGGCUGACGCAGGGGAGCCUGGUGAAGCUAUGGUUCGACGUGUCUUGGUGGUGCCAAGGGGGGCGCUGAGCCGAGAUGCCGGUGCUGUCUUGUUAAAAUCGCUCUGGUAGGACCCCCUCCCUGCUGCGACGUAGGGCGUUGGUGGCAGGCUGAUGGCGUCGAUGCCGCUCCGCUGCUUCCUCCUCCUCGCUGCGCCCUUGGAAGUUGGCUUGCGACGGAACGAGCGACGAGAUGUUGUGAUUGUCUCCUUCAGAUGCACGUCCACCCACUCGGGCACCAUAGCUAUCUUGGAAUCGAGCCGCUCAAUGCCCCCGUGACCCGCCAGACGACCGAGCGACAGCCGGCCCAUCCGACCCGUCAGCGACCUGCGCUUUGAGCGAGAAGGGGGGCGGGAUUGCUGCCCCUGCUGUUGGUGCUGGUUGGCUGUGGAUGGCCGUCUGCCCCUUGCUGCAGGGUGAGACCGCGGUGAACCGGUGGGCUCGCGUGCCGGGGGCUUGGGGGCCGCCGAUGAGAGCACAGGGGGCAUUGUGGACGCCUGUCCCCUCUUCUUUCUGGUCACCACCGGGGGACUCGACAAUGGCAGGGAUAUCCCCUUCUCGCUGGGCGGCGGUGACGGUGACGACACGUCGGGCGCCGAAUGACGAAACGCGGCUGCCUUGGCCAGGGGCACCGCCUUCGCCGCAGGCUCCACAUCUCUCUGCUGCGGCGUGGGGAUCGUCACAGCUGCCGCAUCCGUCACCUUGGCCGGUACAGCUUUUCUCGCCCGCAUCAGGGGGCCGCCAGCGGUCUGCUCCACGAUGCUGCCUCUGGCGAUGGGGAUGAUGUCGACGCGUCCCGAUGGCUGCACGUCGAUGCCGAGGAUUGCGUGCUGCGAGUCGAGCCUCUUGCUGGGAGGUGAUGUGCGCUGGUCCAGGAGCUGCAGGGUUUCGGAUGGAGACGUAGGACCCGCUGCGGCAGCUUCGGGCUGCAUGGCUUCACGUGCAGUCUCGAUGUACUCGUCGCAGAGGUCCAUCAUCGACCUGUGGACAACCGCACCUCCCUCCCUAAGACAGACACAGAGCCCACAAAAGGAACCAUCCAUCCAUCCAUCCACCGAUGCGCAUCGAUCGUCGGUCUUUUCUUGCUUACUGUGUGUGUUGGUACUGGAUGUUGAAGAACAUGGCAAGGUUCCAAUACACCUCUGGCGCCUUGAGGCGCAAGAUCUGGGAGGACGGGCACCGCUGACCCCACAUACGGCUAUCCAUAUCGGGAAACGAAUACGAAUAGCCAAAGCUGAGCCGCUCCCCGCCCGACUGAGAGGGCGACAUCGACAUCGAUGCCGCCGCCGGCGACCCCCCCUCCGUCUGCGAUGCAGCCAUGGGCGCGACGGUCGAAAGGCUGACUCCCGUCAUCUCGGCCAGGAUGGUGAGGAUGCCCAUGAGAGUCAGGAAGGGCACCUCCCGGCCGGCGUCGCCCGCCUGUGUGGCCGAGGAGAGCACGAAGUAGGGGGGCUUGAGGGCAGGGUCCUGCCCACACUUGCCGCACGCCACAGUGACGCUCUCUGCCUGCCAGCUGCGGAGCGACUGGAUGCUGCGCCGGCCGGGCUGCGUGUCUUGCAGGUGGUGCCUGUCGGUGGAGUAGAGGCCCACGGCCGCCUUGAGGCGGAUGGUGGGUGAGUCUGUGAGGGGGGCGGCGCAGGAGAGAGACGGGCAGGAGAAGCCGGGAACCCCCGUGCAGCGGCGAUAAAUCUAGAGAGAAAGAAGCGACCAAGGACAAAGCGUCAUGCGUGCACGGUUGGCUCUCCGGUUGUCGUUUGCUCUCACCUCCCAGAAGGCGAUCUUGAAUCCACAUGUCGGGCACUGCGAGCCACACUCGACCACGUCACGCAGCGCCCCCCACAGCAACGCAUCCUCCUCCCCCUCCAUCCCCGCCAGCUGCCGCAUCGCCCGCUCGAAGGGCGUGUCCAACAUGAUCCCAUUCAGCAACAUCGUCAGGGCGUCGGCGAACUGCCCCGCCAUCAUGUUGGUGGUGCUGCGGGGCGACCGCGCCGCGCGGGCCAUGUUGCGGAAGACGGGCGAUGUGCCCAGGUCGGGGGAGACAGACGGUGAGGGAUGAAGGCUGGGAGAGGGAGGGGGGGAGGCCGAGGAGGACGAGUGGCGGGAGGGCUGCUCGGGGCUCCCGAGCCGCAGCUGCAGCCAUGGCCACCUGUCGCUCCCCCAUGGCACCGGAAAGCGCGCGGGGUCCAGCUGCCGGACUGGGAAUGGGCGGCCCUUCACAAGUAGGUCCAUCAACACACUUGGGGGAAGCCCCGCCAGGUCUUCGACAGGUAAGUGUGUGGGUGGGGUGGCCGUGGUGUCGUCCAUGGGCAUGACGAUUGUCGUCUCCACCAUGUCCCUUUUGGCCAUUUCCCUCUUGACCCACUCACGGAACCCCGAUAUGUUGCCGAACUCAUACACAGGCCCCUCAGCAGCAGGGGUGGCCACACUCGUCCCCCUGGUGGACGUCCUCGAGCGUGGCGCCGUGGUGGUCCCGUCGGCUGCCUCGAGCAGGUCGCCGCCUGUGUGUGACGAUGGGCUCGGGACGGGUGUGGACGAGGGGGUGGCGCUGCGGACACGGCGAGUGCUCGGGGGUGCGUCUGCGGCUGAAGUGGCGUCCUUUCUGAGGGGACUGCUGCCGGUUGCUGGGGUGGGCUCGACCCUCGACACACAGCUGGAGCUGAGCAGGGAAAUAGACAGACAAAAAGGCAUGUUGAUGCACCCAAUCCAUCCUUCGAGGUGUUUGGGUGUGAUGUGGCUGGCCUACUUGAAUCGACUGCAGAGGCUGCCGAAGAAUGCCGCUGCCCUUGCGGCCUCGGGCGUGGGGUGAUGGUGGCGGUGAUGGCUCUCCGCCUCCCUCCUGCCUGGCGACGCAUCACGGCUGCUGGGGCGACCAUGGCUCCUGCACCACCAUCACACAACAAACGCAUCAAAAGCAAAGCAAGUCUACGCAUUGUUGCCACCGAGUAGAGCAACGGGCGACCUGACCUGAUGAAUAUCUCCCAUGCGUUGGUCUGCAUCAGCCCUCGCACAAAGGGCUCGGCCGUCUCCAACCCACGACUGAAGAAACGCACCGACCGACACAAAGAGGUAGAGCCGAUCCGACGCAUCCAUUAUCCCUUUUCCCUUGCUUCUUCUUUCCCCGCUCACCUCUUCAGCUCCGCGCAGAACUCCUCAACCAGAAAGACAGGCUCGUUCGAAGCCGCGUCGCCCUGCCCCUCAUCCCUCUCGAUCUUGAGCGGCGCCGGUCGCCUGGGGCCGCGUCUCUCGUCGCCCCGCCCUCGGUGCUCAUCCUCUUCUCCGCCCUCCUCAUGGGACACCUUGCGCGACGUGUCCUUGCUGACCGGCACAGAUGGCUGCGGCGAAUGCAUCAAGGACACGCUGCUGCUCUGGGUGGGGGUGAUGGUCGAGUAGGCCAGCGAGAGGGCGGGGGAGGGGAGGAGGGAGGUCCGCUGGGUGCCGGUCGGCUGCACCUGGGGCACGGGGACGUCAGGCAACGCCGUGGUGCCGUCCUGUGGCUGCUUUGCCGCUGUCCCUAGGUCCUGCUGUUGCUCGGGGCGGGCAUCUUGGUAGCGAAUGAAGUCACUGACACGCAGAAACCACACGCACAAGGGAAAAUACGCGGACGCUUUGAUCGCUAUCUCUGUGUGCGUCUGUCUGUGUCUGUAUUAAGUUACCGGUAGCAGUGGAGCAGCUUCACCAGGACGGUCGCAAAGGUCGCUUGCGUGAUCAGCCUGAUCUCGUUCUCCUCACUCUCCGACGGCACCGCACCACCAACAACCCUCCCACUCCCCAGCUGAUGCGCGUCGCCCCCGCGGCUCUCAGGUCGGCUCCCAGUCGUUUGGUGAUCGACAUCCUGCUGUGCGUCUGAUGGGGAUAGCAGGGGCCGCUUGGGGCACAAAGGCGAGUCGUAGGAGGACAUCACUUGUGGGUAGAGAGACCGGAUGACUCGCUGGGACUCGGCCUCUGUGGUGGUAGGGAUGGACGACGUCAGCGAGACGGCUGAUCUCACCCUGCCGGGCGCGUCAUGUCUCCCCCACACGGAUUUCUUGCUCACGCUGCUCGACGCCUGCUCGCUCAGCCGCUCCAGCAUCAUGCCCUCCAGCUCGGCCUUGGCGGCGCUCUCAGGAGACGCCGAAAGCACCUCCACGAUGCUCGUCUGCGUGACGUGCUCAGGAGGGAUCGCCGACUUGCCCGCCUCGGUCGUGUCCGCGUAGUCGAAGUCGGCCCAGAAGAGCGGAUCGCGGUUUGGUCCGGGCAAUGGUGUGGGGGGCGGGGUGGACUGAGAGGGAGGGGGGGCAGGGGGGAGGGGAGGGCCCCGUCCGCUCCCUGUGGUGGCCCAGUGCUCGGCGGCGCUGAUGCUCUUGAGGUUCUUGAGGGCGUGCAGCAGGAGGGUGGGCAGCUGCGGGAAUGCCGCUGCCUCUGGCGUGGCGGGGCCGAGGAUCUUGUCCCGGUCGACGUCGAGCAGGAAGACGUCCUUCGGGAACGACUUGGUGAAGUCAUCAUAGGACACCAUCGAGCCGUCGUCUGUGUCAGCUGGCACCUGCUGCUGUGGCCCAUCCUGCUUGGGCAAGACCCAUGAGGGCACGAGCAUGCCGCAGAGGAAGGGCGCGGGCAUCUCCACGAGCUCGGAUCUCUCGCUGGGGAUGAGGGGCAGGUACGGGUGGUGCCACUCGAAGGGAAACAGCAGCUGCCGGAAGAUCUCUGCCAGGUAGGUCAGGAGGGAGGCCCGCCGCGAGAGCAUCAACACCUUCCGCUCAAGCAGCAGGAGGGCGAAGACGUUGACGAUGCGAUCCAGCUUCAGACACGCAAAAAGCGCCCGAUAGCUCAGCUCCCGGCCGCCGCUGCUGCACCCGCCCGGCAGAUCUAUCGCCCGCAGGUGUGUGUCACCGAUGCCAAUGUGCAGCUUGACUGACGGCCGGGCGAGACCCGCACCGCUGAGGUCGCCGAGGAGACGGCCGAUGGUGCUCUCAAUAGCAGCAGAAGAGUGGUCACUCGACGGGCUGGGCCGGGUGGGUGUGUUCAGCAGAUGCCGCAGGAAGGACAUCUUGGCGGUCCUCUGCUGCAGCUGGUAGAGCUCAUAGAGGACACUCUUGAGCGAGCUGAUCAGCGGCUGCCGCGUCAUGAAGCACAGGCACGUCGGCACAUAGACGAUGGAUGAGCCCGCAGGGCUGUCUCGACUGUAAUCCUCAAGGUCGGCCUCGUCGAGCCCGUCCUCCGUCACUGCGACCAUGCCGUCGAUCAGGCCGCUGCUCUGCAUCUCGCCAUGGUCGAUAUCCCACGGCCAAGCCCGCGGCUCCCACACCAUCAGGCAGCACACGUAGGCCCGCCGGGACAGUCCCCAUAGCACCGUCGAGAAGAAGACAGGUCCGGGGCACCCCUGCUCUUCGCGAUAGAGCCACAGCCCCUCUGGCGGGCAGAAUGACGUGAGUGUCUGCUGCAUGGCCGCACUGGGCGAACUGUCCUUCCGGCUGCUGGGCGAGGAGGGCCCGCCCAUGCCGGCAGACAGGAGGGAGUGAGGGGAUGUGGCGGGGCUGUGUGAUGGAUACCACUCGACAAUCUGGCCCUUCAGGGGCGUCAGGAAGGCCUCUUGCGGCCCCCUCGAUAGAUGAUCCUUCAACACGGAGUCUUCCACACCUGCAUGAACCAGACAAACGCAGAAAAGCGCAAUAUUGGCUGCUGCCAAGAUGUGAUAGCAUUCGUGCUUGUGCUGACCGAUGCGGAAGAAGACGUCUGCGAUGUGGAGUGAGGCAGGGAGGCCUCGCUGGGCUCUGGGAGAGCCACUUGGCAUCUCGAGACCUAUUAAUCGUCGUCUUUAGGCAGCGGCUCGGCUCAGAUUGACACUACAACCAAUCUACAACUUGCACCUGUUCCC